GCGUCACGGGGGCGGGAGUCAGCUGAGCUGCCUGGGCGAGGUUGUGAUUACCUGGGAUCUGCUAAGGGGAGCCUAUAAUCUCUUGGGACUGGAGCUGGGGUGCAAAGCUGCGCCAUGGACUAGUUGGGGCUCCUCGAUCGUCUCGUCCUUCACAGAGAAAGCGAAAAGGGCCCCAGAAUUUUUAAAAGGUUCUCAGGAUCUGUCAGACGCUGGGGAAGCACAACUUGCAAAUCCAGGACGACCGGGGUCCCAGUUGUGACCCCCAGCCCCCAGAUCAGAGAUCCAGAACUUGAUUGCCAUGGCGUCCAUCCUGGAUGAGUACGAGGACUCAUUGUCCCGCUCGGCCGUCUUGCAGACUGGUUGCCCUAGCGUGGGCAUCCCCCAUUCUGGGUAUGUAAGUGCCCACCUGGAGAAGGAGGUGCCCAUCUUCACCAAGCAGCGGGUUGACUUCACCCCCUCGGAGCGGAUCACUAGCCUCGUGGUCUCCUGCAAUCAGCUCUGCAUGAGCCUGGGCAAGGAUACACUGCUCCGCAUUGACUUGGGCAAGGCAAGUGAGCCCAACCGUGUGGAACUGGGGCGCAAGGACGACGCCAAAGUCCACAAGAUGUUCCUGGACCAUACUGGCUCUCAUCUGCUGGUUGCGCUGAGUAGCACCGAGGUCCUUUACAUGAACCGCAAUGGACAGAAGGCCCGGCCCCUGGCUCGCUGGAAGGGACAGCUGGUGGAGAGUGUGGGAUGGAACAAGGCCAUGGGCAACGAGAGCAGCACCGGCCCCAUCCUGGUCGGCACAGCUCAAGGACAGAUCUUUGAAGCAGAGCUCUCAGCUAGCGAGGGUGGCCUCUUUGGCCCUGCCCCAGAUCUCUACUUCCGUCCACUGUAUGUGUUAAAUGAAGAAGGGGGUCCAGCCCCUGUGUGCUCCCUCGAGGCUGAGCGUGGCCCCGAUGGCCGAGGCUUUGUCAUUGCCACCACUCGGCAGCGCCUCUUCCAGUUCAUAGGCCGAGCUGUGGAAGAUACUGAAGCCCAGGGCUUCGCAGGACUCUUUGCUGCCUAUACAGACCACCCGCCCCCAUUCCGUGAGUUUCCUAGCAAUUUGGGGUAUAGUGAGUUGGCUUUCUAUACCCCUAAGUUACGCUCGGCACCUCGCGCCUUUGCCUGGAUGAUGGGAGAUGGAGUGCUGUAUGGCUCACUGGACUGCGGGCGUCCUGACUCGCUGCUGAGUGAGGAGCGAGUGUGGGAAUACCCAGCGGGGGUUGGUCCUGGGGCCAAUCCACCCUUAGCCAUCGUCCUGACCCAGUUCCAUUUCCUACUGCUGCUGGCCGACCGGGUGGAGGCUGUGUGCACGCUAACAGGGCAGGUGGUGCUACGGGAUCACUUCCUGGAGAAGUUUGGACCACUGAGGCACAUGGUGAAGGACUCAUCCACAGGCCACCUAUGGGCCUACACUGAGCGUGCGGUCUUCCGCUACCAUGUGCAACGUGAGGCACGGGAUGUCUGGCGCACCUACUUGGACAUGAACCGCUUUGACCUGGCCAAAGAGUAUUGUAGAGAGCGGCCUGAUUGCCUGGACACGGUCCUGGCCCGAGAGGCUGAUUUCUGUUUUCGUCAGCAUCGCUACCUGGAGAGCGCCCGCUGCUACGCGCUGACCCAGAGCUAUUUUGAGGAGAUUGCCCUCAAGUUCUUGGAGGCCCGGCAAGAGGAGGCGCUGGCCGAGUUUCUUCAGCGGAAACUGGCCGGCUUGAAGCCGACGGAGCGUACCCAGGCCACACUGCUGACCACUUGGCUGACAGAGCUCUACCUGAGCCGCCUGGGUGCUCUGCAGGGUGACCCAGAUGCUCUGACUCUCUACCGGGACACACGGGAGUGUUUCCGUACUUUUCUCAGUAGCCCUCGGCACAAAGAGUGGCUCUUUGCCAGCCGGGCCUCUAUCCACGAGCUGCUCGCCAGUCACGGAGACACAGAGCACAUGGUGUAUUUUGCAGUGAUCAUGCAGGACUAUGAACGGGUGGUCGCAUACCACUGCCAGCAUGAGGCUUACGAGGAGGCCCUGGCUGUGCUUGCCCGCCACCGGGACCCCCAGCUCUUCUACAAAUUCUCCCCCAUUCUCAUCCGCCACAUCCCCCGCCAGCUCGUAGACGCCUGGAUUGAGAUGGGCAGCCGGCUGGAUGCUCGGCAGCUCAUCCCUGCCCUGGUGAACUACAGCCAGGGCGGUGAGGCCCAGCAGGUGAGCCAGGCCAUCCGCUACAUGGAAUUCUGCGUGAAUGUGCUCGGUGAGACGGAGCAGGCCAUUCACAACUACCUGCUGUCCCUGUAUGCCCGUGGCCAGCCAGCCUCACUUCUGGCAUACCUGGAACAAGCUGGGGCCAGCCCGCACCGUGUACAUUAUGAUCUCAAAUAUGCACUUCGACUUUGUGCUGAGCACGGCCACCACCGCGCCUGCGUCCAUGUCUAUAAGGUGUUGGAGCUAUAUGAGGAGGCUGUGGACCUGGCCCUGCAGGUGGAUGUGGACCUGGCCAAGCAGUGUGCAGACUUGCCGGAGGAGGAUGAGGAACUUCGCAAGAAACUAUGGCUCAAGAUCGCCCGGCACGUGGUGCAGGAGGAAGAAGACGUCCAGACAGCCAUGGCCUGCUUGGCCAGCUGCCCCUUGCUCAAGAUCGAGGAUGUGCUGCCCUUCUUCCCUGACUUUGUCACCAUCGACCACUUCAAGGAGGCAAUCUGUAGUUCCCUGAAGGCCUACAACCACCACAUCCAGGAGCUGCAGCGCGAGAUGGAAGAAGCCACAGCCAGUGCCCAGCGCAUCCGACGAGACUUGCAGGAGCUCCGAGGCCGCUAUGGCACCGUGGAGCCCCAGGACAAAUGCUCCACCUGUGACUUUCCUUUGCUCAACCGACCCUUUUACCUGUUUCUCUGUGGCCACAUGUUUCACGCUGACUGUCUCCUACAGGCUGUGCGGCCCGGCCUCCCUGCCUACAAGCAGGCCAGACUUGAGGAACUGCAGCGCAAGCUUGGGGCGGCGCCUCCUCCGACCAAAGGCUCCGUGAAGGCCAAGGAGGCAGAAGCUGGGGCUGCAGCGGUGGGGCCCAGUCGGGAGCAGCUCAAGGCUGACCUGGAUGAGCUGGUGGCUGCUGAGUGUGUGUACUGUGGGGAGCUGAUGAUUCGGUCUAUCGACCGGCCCUUCAUUGAUCCGCAGCGCUAUGAGGAGGAGCACCUCAGCUGGCUAUAGGAAGUUCCCCCGCGUGGGUGGACAGACAUGGAUCCAGCUGCCAGACCCUCCUGCGAAAGCCAGGCCCUGGUUGGUGUUCGGUCCUUGAGCUUGCCGGGUCUGCGAUUGUGAGGGGGUUGCAGCCAAGCUUCAGCCGGGAGGUUUUCAGGUGCGAACGCCGAGCUGUGCUUCAGACCUGUCUUAGAGCUGCCCGUCCCAGGCAGCCCGAGCUGGUGAGAUCAGCCGUGAUCCUUUUAACCACUACAUCUAACAGUUCCUCUGUUCUCGUCAGCAUGUUCACCUGGACUGAGUGGCCCGCUGUCCUUCCUUCCUCCGUCCUUCCACAGCCUCUGGACCUCCAGCUCGCCCUCUUCUGCCUCAACUAGGUGACCCAGGAGCAAGCAGGCAGACCCUAGGCACUUGUGGGGAGAGUGGGCAUGUGGAGAUGCUAAUGUGACCUGGGGCUCCAGUGUCGGGUGCCCUGAGGCUGAGGGCACACCUGGGACAAGGGGAAAUAGGGAGAGUAUUAAAUCACGCUACAAUGGUGGCCCUGGACUUGAUGGCUUUGUGUUGAUGCUGAAGCUAACAGGAUAUGAUCCCAAGAAAGGAUGGAAUGCCACAAGAAGGCUGCCUGCACCAAGUGUGGAAUAGAACAGGUCAGGUCACGGCCAGCCUAGUCGACAUAAUAAGUUCUAGGCCAGCAAAGGCUAGAAAAAAUUAAAUUAAAUUAAAAAAAUAAAAAUAAAAAGAAGAAGUCCAGAGUCCUGCAAGCCUUUGAGCCUUGGCGUAGGUCCUUCACUGGGGGUGAGGCAGGUUUUGCUUGUUUCCUUCUCUGACUAUAAAUGUUUAGAGAUU